CUCUCACGAGAAAGAACUGAAGAGAGAGAAACAGAGAGGCCCAUCACAAUAAAACGCUCCCCCUAUCACCGCACGGCGCCGGGCAGAGGGCAGUGGAGAGAGAGAGAGAGAUGGCGUCCAGCUCAUCGUCCCCUCCGUUGCCGGUGCCGCGGUUCUCUCUCGCGCUCCUCCUCCCCGUCGUCCUGCUGCUGCUGCUGCGCGGCGAAGGCGUGGUCGAGGCCAGGCCGCCGCCGCCGCUGCACGGCGUGCGGCCGCUCGCCUUCGAGGAGGGGUACAACCAGAUCUUCGGCAGCGGCAACCUCGCCCUCCGCCGCAACGGCAGGCGCGUCCGCCUCUCCCUCGACGAAUCCACCGGCGCCGGGUUCGCGUCGCAGGACCUGUUCCUCCACGGCUUCUUCAGCUCCGCCAUCAAGCUCCCCGCCGACUACGCGGCCGGCGUCGUUGUCGCAUUCUAUCUGUCGAACGGGGACGUUUACGAGAAGACGCACGACGAGCUGGACUUCGAGUUCUUGGGCAACGUGCGGGGGCGCGAGUGGCGGGUGCAGACCAACGUGUACGGCAACGGCAGCACCCACGCCGGCAAGGAGGAGCGCUACGACCUCCCCUUCGACCCCACCGACGACUUCCACCACUACUCCAUCCUCUGGACCCAAGAACGCAUCAUAUUCUACGUGGACGAGACCCCGAUCAGGGAGGUGGUGAGGACGGCGGCCAUGGGCGCGGCGUUUCCCUCCAAGCCGAUGUCCCUCUACGCCACCAUCUGGGACGGCUCCGCCUGGGCCACGCUCGGCGGCCGGUACCGCGUCAACUACAAGUACGCGCCGUUCGUCGCCGAGUUCGCCGAUCUCGUCCUGCAGGGCUGCCCCGUCGACCCCACGGACCACUCCACGACGGCGGCGGCCUGCGACGCGAGCGGCAGCCUCGAGUCGCUCGCCUUGUCCGCCGAGCAGCGCGCAGCCAUGGCGGCGUUCCGGCGCGGUCACAUGUCCUACUCUUACUGCCACGACCGGAGACGGUACCCGGUGGCAUUGUCCGAGUGCGACGCCGUGGAGGGCCUCCUCUCCGGCCGCAUGUUUGGCCCCGACGGGAUGAAGCAGCACCGGCGCCACCGGGGCGCCGCGCGCGGUCAUCGCGCCCAGGACGACCUGAUGUGAUCCCGGCCUGCCGCCAGCACCGGCAUUGGACUGACUCUAGGCUGUAUCAAGGCAAGGCGGGGCGGCGUAAGCAGGCGGGCAUGAUUUCGCGGUGGUGACCGUCCGGGAUUCAACGCUCGCACGCAUACCCUGCCCCAUUCGCCAUGGGAUUAGCUCUCUCGCGUUUAUUGCCGCACGGGACCAUUUCCGUGCCAACGCCUGCAAUUGAUCAAGUUACCGCUCAUUGCUUCCCAGCUCUCGCACAGAAGGAAAAUCGUCGUCGUCGUCAUAAUUUAGAUGCUCGUGAGCGCGUGUUAAGGAUAGGGUCGAGACGCUCGUGAUCGACAGGAGUUCGUGGCUUUGUGGCGCAGGCUGUGGGGCGUCGCCUCCGUGACCUUACCGGUGGCGCGUCGCCUUGCGUUGAUGAGUGAGACGGCGGGCGCUGGGCUCCACGGCGGCACAUGGCGUGUC